AUUUAUUUGCGUGUGUCAUCUGUGGCCUUUAGCCCUCCCAGCUCAGCCGAAGAGCCGAUAUAUACCGCCGCGGCGGCGAGGUCGCCACACUCGCUCGGAGACUCCAGCAUCAUUGCGGCCGCUCUACUACGCUAACUAAUCGAGGAUAUCAAAGAUGUGGUUCUCUUACGUGUUGGUGGCUGUCUCCGUGGCGGCGUACGCGGACGCGUACUCCAGCGGCGCCCCCGAAGGCGCCUGCAAGGACAUGAUCCCGCGGCACCCAGUGUCGCCGCAGAAGUCCCCAGCUCCGUACACCAUCACCACCAGCACUAAGGUGGUGAAAGCCGGCACCCCCAUGGAGGUGGUGAUCGCGGGCAAGGGCCCCAAGAACACCAUGCGCGGGCUGCUCCUGCAGGCGCGCAAGGGGGACGAGAUCGUGGGCAAGUUCACCCUCAAGCCCAACGACCCCUUCGCGCAGCUCAUGAACUGCGGCCAGCCAGGAAACGCCGUGAGCCACAAGAAACACGACGAGAAGGACGACCAGCACACCGUCACCUACACCUGGACGCCACCGGCUGGCUUCAAUGACGAGAUCAAAUUCAGAGCGACUAUCGCACACAACGGAGCGGUGUUUUGGGUGGGAGUCGAAUCGGCCCCCGUCAAAGUUACUGCUUAAGUUAUAGUACUAUUAGUAUGUUUUAAGUACAAGUAUUAUACUUUUAA